AUGCCUUUCCGGAUACCAAAGCGCAAGGACAAGGGCCCAGGAUACACUGCUCUGGACGGAAGAUGGGUUGAUGGUGACAAAGAGCGCCUGUCAGACGACGACGGCGCAUCAGACUCGAAUGCGACACCAAUGUUGCGACGCGCCUCUGGUGCUCGUAGUGCCACCUCGUACCCCUUGCCGCCUCGUCGCUUUACGAGAUACUUUACCUUGGUCAUUGUCCUCAUUCUGGUAGGACUCGGUCUCACAUUGGCCCGUUUGAGCGCCUUGUCAGAGGCAUCGUUACGAUCUGGUCUGUCAAAACCACCGCCUCCACCGCCAACCUGGGAGAGCUUUCCUUUCUUGAAACGCUACCAUGGCGGUAUUCGAACCCUAGUCUCUCGCGCCGAGAACAAGCCUGAAUAUCCUGACCUGGACAACAAUACUCUGGAGUCCACUGUACAAAAAGACCAGGAACAACAGACCGCUCCAUCAGACGAGAAGGGUUUCCAGAAGAGAGAUGUAUCACAAGGCCAAAGAUUCAAUCCUGUCGAGCAGGAUGGUCUUGUCGAGUGCUAUCUCAACGAGGAGAGGAAGAGCAAUGUUCCACAACUUUUGGCAUAUUCAGGAGUACCCAAAGGUUUCCCGGAUCCUAUCAUGGGUUCGUACGAGAUAUUCGGUAUGAACGGCGACGUCUGCUUCGAUCGCUACGGCAGACUAGGUCCGUAUGGUUUGGGUUACAGCAAGAGAUGGGGUGGUAGUGGUGCAGGCAUGGAUGGCCAUCGCGAAGGAGCAGAAAAAGUAUGGGAUGGCAAGACUGAAAUUGACUACCGUGAGGUCAAUUGGGCUCAAGCUCAGCAAAAGUGUGCUCAGAAGAACAAGAAUCGUUUCAAGCCUGUGCCGAAAGCCUCAAGCCACUUCUUUACUGAGAUGGCGGUCGGAAACCCUGAGGACGACAAGCCUAAGAGAGAGGAGAAGCAAGAGAAGAACCUCCUGUCCAGACAAGCUGUCAUCAUUCGAACAUGGCACGAUUAUCAGUAUGACGAUGAAGACAUGUUCUACUUGCGCGCCCUAGUCAACGAGUUGUCUCUGCAAUCUGGCGGCGAGUAUACCGUCCACUUCUUGGUCCACGUCAAAGACAACGAUAUGCCCAUCUGGAGUGAUGAAUUGACCUACCAGCGCGUUUUGAACGAUUCGCUCCCGCUGGAGUUCCGAGGUAUGGGCACGCUCUGGUCAGAGAGACAGAUGGGCCUGAUCUACGGAGGCAUAGCAGAAACCAACUACCGCGGUCUACCAAUCCACGGUGCCUACAGAUCCACGAACAUGCCUCUGACCUACUUUGCUCACAAGCACCCCGAAUACGACUUUUUCUGGCAUUGGGAAAUGGACAUUCGCUACACUGGCCACUUUUACCAUCUGUUCCACAAGGUCGGCAAGUGGGCAGACCAGCAACCCCGCAAAGGUCUUUGGGAGCGCAACGGCAGAUUCUACAUUCCAUCUGAGCAUGGCUCCUGGGAGGACUUUAAGCAAAUGGUGCGCGUGCAGACUGAACACGGUACAGCCCACAAAGCAGGCAUGUACGAAAAAGUGUCGGGCACGGAAAACACUCAGGCACGCACACCGCCUGUCUGGGGCCCCAUGCCACCGACCGGUGAAGGCGACAAGGUAGAAACCGAAAACGACCCCAAGCCCNCCACAACACCAGACAAAGACAAUUACUCCUGGGGCGUGGGCGAAGCAGCAGACUUGAUAACGUUCAACNCCCUUUUCGAUCCUCACGCCACAAAUUGGAUCCUUGCAGAAGAUGUCACGGGCUACAAUACUUCUGCGGGCUUCCCUCCACGCCGCACAGCCAUCAUCACUGCAUCCCGUCUAUCCCGCCGUCUUCUCGAAACCAUGCAUAGAGAAACUGCUCUGCAACGCCACAGCAUGUUUUCAGAAAUGUGGCCUGGAUCUUGCGCUCUGCACCACGGAUUGAAAGCCGUCUAUGCACCUCACCCCGUCUACAUCGAUCGCAGAUGGCCAACUUCUUACCUAGCCGCUGUGUUUAACAAUGGUUUGCACGGUGCUUCGGGAGGCGCAAGAACAAGUGUGUUUAGCGAUGAGCGCCAGCACAAUUUCUUGGGCACGACAUGGUACUAUCACGCGGGCUUCCCGGGUAAUCUCUGGAAGAGAUGGUUGGGGUAUAAGGUUGAUGGUGACGGAGGCGAGAUGGAGGAGGUUGAAGGUGAGGGUAGGAUGUGUUUGCCGGGCAUGCUGUUGCAUCCUGUCAAGCACGUCGACUUGAUCUACGAACAUAGAGAAGGAGAGUGA